AUGGUCCCCGAUGACAGCCCUAUCCUCAGCCAGACGAACUGCCCUACAAAAGGCAAAGGCCGGCACAGCGGCAUCUGCAAGAACACAUGUAUGCGCCAGUACAUGACACCAGUGAUGUUGCCACCCGUCACCUGGUGGCAAAACGGGGACACUGCCACCGCCACGGUCAAUUGGACGCUUCCGCACUGGGGCGACGGCAAAGGCCUGCACAUACCGCUUGCCUCACAAGCGUCUCUGUACGCAGAGGCUGUUCCUGGCCAGCAAUAUCUCGACUUGGUCAGCAACUUCGUGUCAAGCCAGUACGUGAGCCCCACCGGCAAAGACAAGGACAAGACAGGCCUUCCACCGAAGACUUCGAAGCCAACUCUCUCCGUCAACCCAACGGACUGCAUUCCCGACCAGACGCGCCACACGCCCGUGCCUUAUCGCGACCCGAGAUUUGGCAAUGAGAUCGGCACAAUGACGCCGUCGAAUCCGGAUUGCGACAUGGUCGACCCGCGCGGCUACGACGCGGCCGAGCUGCUGUGGUUGUCCCAGAACAAGAAGCACCGGCGGAGGAAGCACAAGCACAAUUCCAAGAAGAACCUCGAAUGCUGGGACUACGAGUCGUGCUACGACCACUGCCGGGAAGUGAAAGAGCACGAUCGAGUACUCAGACGCGUCCUGCUCGCCGUCAUAGGCGGCGUCGCCGGGCUUGCUAUCCUGGGCAUGAUCACCAAGGCCGUGUUGAAGAAGACGAAGCAUAAGAAGAACGAGAAGAAGGCGGCGGCGGCGCAGGCGAAGAAGAAGUGGGGGAAGGAGGCUCAGCCGGCGGCGGAGUCGUCAGGGCAGCAUGUGGACGGCGCUGUGGACGGCACGACGGACGGCACUGCGGAUGGCACGACGGACAGCGCGGACGCCGCGGCUGCCGCGGACGAGGAGAGGGCGAGAAGGGCUGCCGCUAUGUUCAUGCAUGCGUUCAAUGGGGCUGUGAUGCACAGGAGGGAUGCGAUUGCUUCGGGCAGCGAGACUAUGCCCGAGGAUAAUGGCUUGGUGACGAGGAGGGCCUCGUGA